UGGCAAGGGCUACAGGCAAUGUCCAGAACUUGGUGUUGAAACGAAGUGAGCGAACGGGGAUCGAUUUCGCUACUGACUCCGAGCCCCUGUCCGGCGUUGCGAGGCCAACGCUGUCUGGAUACUAUGAAGAUGAGGUAUUUCAAAGAUUCUGGGAGAUGAAGAUGACUUCAGUACUGGACUUCCUCUCAAUCUCGAGUAAGUAUCAUAUUUUUCCGUUAUGGUCCUCACGCUCACCAACCGUAAUCAUACCAAAGGGCUUGAAACUGGAAACUCAAACCAAUCAUUCUCACCAAAGGGCGCGCUUGGAGAGGGUGGAUUCGGUGCCGUUUUUCUUGCAAAGCAUAGGCUUACAGGGGAACUGAGAGCGGUGAAGCAGAUUGAUAUCGGCAAUAGCAAUCCGAAAUUGUUGAGCACUGAGCUUUCGCUUUUGCUGAAUUUAUGGACCAUAUAAUGGAUUCUCAUCCUAAUUCUGCGCGUGAUCACCAGAGUUUCUCAUCAGUAGAGAGAAUAAGAAUUAAUUACUUCUACAACUUAUAGUUCACUCAUAGGCAGAACUAACACAUCAUCGAAUCAGCAUAUUGGAUAUUCGGAACUACCACAUCAUCGAAUCAGCAUAUUCUUUACGCCAUCUAACCUCCCUCGACCACCCUUCGAUCGUGAAAAUUUACGACUGGUUCGAGGAGAGCGGCUAUCUCUAUAUGGUGAUGGAGUAUUGCGGUGGAGGUGAAUUGGAGGAUGUGCUGUUAUGGUCAACGUCAACUCUUCUAGACAUAUUUGUCUUAAACAACGAGUACGAUUUUUCGUGUCUAUACUGUCUGUGGACAUGAUCUGUACACCUAGUCGUGCUAAGCGUGCUUAUCAGAGAACAAUAUACGAAUCGUGUCUAUCUACCCAUGUCAGACAGCAUCUCGGAGGUGCCCUUUUAGCAUAAUGCAGAGUUGUGGUUAUCCCUUUGGCUUUGCAAGUAGUUUAGGAUGACUACUUGAGACGCCCCUGACGCGUUGAUGAUGAUGACGAUUAUCACCACCGAAAGAUACAAGGAAAACAAAAUAAGGCACCAAGCCUGGGGACGCGUCCCGUGGAAAAAUACUUACGCGGAGAGUCCAGGUCCUGCGCGGGUUCCGGCGUCAAUUCUAGCGCACUCUAAUACUGAGGGAUGCAAGACGCCAUGAAGAUCCUGGAUAUGAAGAAGGAGAGCACGCCUCCAAUUUCUUUGCAGCUGAUGGUGAUGCUGUAGGGAAGAAAGAUUUAUGGACGAUGAAUAUAUGACAGUGACUUUGAUCUAGGUGUCGUGAGUGUAGAGGAUAAAGAACUAUUCAGUUUUGAUGAAAAUUUGCUAGAAGCUCAUCUUCUCGUCCUCGAUCUGAAACUAAAACAAAAUUUUGAAUUUAUUGAUUCCUCUAAAGCAGCUACAACAAACACAACCGCAACGCCUGCCGGAUGGAAGACUGAGCAGUGUCAUGAUGCAAAAAAAGCAGGUAGCAGGUGCUGGAGCCCCGGUCGACAAGAGCAAACCCAUGAGUCGCUUUUCUUUAAGGGUUCCCACUCGAUUGCGUCGUCUUGCAGUAGCGUAAGUUCUUGACUUGAGUUUUCCAUCAGCGUUUCCUCCACUGGAAAAUAUUAGUAUGAAGCCACAAGACAGGAACUUUUAGGAAAAUGAUCCUAGGUAUAUGCAGUGUCUAUGUCACAUCAAUAGAAUCAUGACUUUUGCCAAUCUGAAACAUGGAGAAUCUUCUAAAGCUGAACGCAGUUGUCGACUCGACUGUGGCAGCAGCUCCGAUCUCUGGGUUUCAGGGUAGUCGAUACCUAACCCCAUCUGCUUUUCGAAGAACG